CUAAAACCAACUUUUCCAACAACAAUGAUUUCCGUGCUCUUCUGCAGUCUUUGUAUGCUACUUUCAAGGAGUUCAAAAUGCAUGAGCAGAUUGAAAAUGAAUACAUUAUUGGUUUGCUUCAACAACGCAGCCAGACCAUUUAUAAUGUACAUUCUGACAAUAAACUCUCUGAGAUGCUUAGUCUCUUUGAAAAGGGACUGAAGAAUGUUAAGAAUGAAUAUGAGCAGUUAAAUUAUGCAAAACAGCUGAAAGAGAGAUUGGAGGCUUUUACAAGAGAUUUUCUUCCUCACAUGAAAGAAGAGGAGGAGGUUUUUCAGCCCAUGUUAAUGGAAUAUUUUACCUAUGAAGAGCUUAAGGAUAUUAAAAAGAAAGUGAUUGCGCAACACUGCUCUCAGAAGGAUACUGCAGAGCUCCUUAGAGGUCUUAGCCUAUGGAAUCAAGCUGAAGAACGACAGAAGUUUUUUAAGUAUUCUGUGGAUGAAAAGUCAGAUAAAGAAGCAGAAGUGUCAGAACACUCUACAGGCAUAACCCAUCUUCCUCCUGAGGUAAUGCUGUCAAUUUUCAGUUAUCUUAAUCCUCAAGAAUUAUGUCGAUGCAGUCAAGUAAGCACUAAAUGGUCUCAGCUGGCAAAAACUGGAUUGCUUUGGAAACAUCUUUACCCUGUUCACUGGGCCAGAGGUGACUGGUAUAGUGGUCCUGCAACUGAACUUGAUACUGAACCUGAUGAAGAAUGGGUGAAAAAUAGGAAAGAUGAAAGUCGUGCUUUUCAGGAGUGGGAUGAAGAUGCGGACAUAGACGAAUCUGAGGAGUGUGCAGAAGAAUCGAUUGCUAUCAGCAUUGCACAAAUGGAAAAACGUUUACUGCAUGGCUUAAUUCAUAACGUUCUACCAUAUGUUGGUACUUCUGUAAAAACUUUAGUAUUAGCAUACAGCUCCGCAGUUUCCAGCAAAAUGGUUAGGCAGAUUUUAGAGCUUUGUCCUAACCUGGAGCAUCUGGAUCUUACCCAAACUGAUAUUUCAGAUUCUGCAUUUGACAGUUGGUCUUGGCUUGGUUGCUGCCAGAAUCUUCGGCAUCUUGAUCUGUCUGGAUGUGAGAAAAUCACAGAUGUGGCUCUAGAGAAGAUUUCCAGAGCUCUUGGAAUUCUGACAUCUCAUCAGAGUGGCUUUUUGAAAACUUCUGCGAGCAAAAUUACUUCUACUACAUGGAAAAAUAAGGACAUUCCCAUGCAGUCUGCCAAGCAAUAUGCCUGUUUGCACAAUUUGACUAACAAGGGCAUUGAAGAAGAAAUAGAUAAUGAACACCCAUGGACUAAGCCUGUUUCUUCUGAAAAUUUCACUUCUCCUUAUGUGUGGAUGUUAGAUGCUGAAGAUUUGGCAGAUAUUGAAGAUGCUGUAGAAUGGAGACAUAGAAAUGUUGAAAGUCUUUGUGUAAUGGAAACAGCAUCCAACUUUAGUUGUUCCACUUCUGGUUGUUACAGUAAGGAUAUUGUUGGACUAAGGACUAGCGUUUGUUGGCAGCAGCAUUGUGCUUCUCCAGCCUUUGCGUAUUGUGGUCAUUCAUUUUGUUGUACAGGAACAGCUCUAAGAACUAUGUCAACACUCCCGGAGUCCUCUACGGUGUGUAGAAAAGCAUCAAGGACUAGAUUGCCUGGGGGAAAAGACUUAAUUUACUUUGGGAGUGAAAAAUGUGAUCAAGAGACUGGACGUGUACUUCUGUUUCUCAGUCUGUCUGGAUGUUAUCAGAUUACAGACCAUGGCCUCAGGGUUUUGACUCUGGGAGGAGGGCUGCCUUAUUUGGAGCACCUUAAUCUCUCUGGUUGUCUUACUGUAACUGGUGCAGGCCUGCAGGAUUUGGUUUCAGCAUGUCCUUCUCUAAAUGAUGAAUACUUUUACUACUGUGACAACAUUAACGGUCCUCAUGCUGAUACCGCCAGUGGAUGCCAGAAUUUGCAGUGUGGUUUUCGAGCCUGCUGCCGCUCUGGCGAAUGACCCUUGACUUCUGACCUUUGUCUACUUCAUUUAGCUGAGCAGGCUUCCUUUCAUGCACUUUACUUGUAGCACAUUUCUUGUGUUAACCAUCCCUUUUUGAGAGUGACUUGAUUUGGCCCCACUUCUUACUAUCUCAGAAAUCUUAAUUUACCAGUGAAUUGUACAGUGUUGUUUCUCUUGCAUAUCCUAUUUUUACUUUAGAAAGGGAUUAGGUCUUUUCAUAAGGGUGAGAACAGGCUUCUCAGAUUUCAUUUAAAUGAAAUGCUUUGAAAAGAAUGUCACUAAUGCCAUGCCAUUUAAAGUAUUUUUUAGAUUAUUUUGAGUUUUAAAGUCAAUGGGGUUUAUAGGUUCUCUUUAUGUAUAAACACAGCACCAAGCUUUGUAGGUCUUUUCAGACAUACAUUUCUGAAGUUUUAUUUUCAAAGACUGUACAUUUUGGAAACUGAUUUCUUUCCAUAUUUCCUUUAUUUGAAAACAAUUCUCAGAGGGCCAAUUUAAAUAUACCCACAUAUAUGAUUCUUAAAGAUUAUAGAACAAAUUGGCUUCUUGGUGUUAGCUCAUGAGCUAGCAAAAGCACCAGUUUAUUUGUAUUUGCUUUCUUCAGAGACCCCUGGUUCCCACUGCUGCCCCUAAAUUGUCAAAUCUGGGAGGGAUUUUGAAAAAUUCCAUAAUCAUUUGAAGAAAUGUAUAAAUAAAAUCUACUUUGAGGACUUUACCAAGUAAUAACUUUUGUGUGUGGUUUUAUUAUAAAUCUCAGUCCAAGUUUACUUCAGUGUAAAAUAGGACUAAAUAUUUUAUCUUUUGAGCUCCCAUGAAAUCAUGACCUUAACAAACAGUUUUAGACAGAUAAUGAAUUUUGUUGAGCUGAACUUUCUUUUUGAAAUUAGUUGUUCAGUGGUCAAUAUUUGAAUUUGUUUAAGUUUAUCUUCAUUGCUUUGUGAAAAGAUCAUGGAAGUGGAGACCAACCAUUUGGAAAGGCACUUACUGGGACAAAUUUAUGACAUGCUUUGUAUAAUUUUAUGUCACAAAGAAGAAAAUAGUGACAUGCCAUCUCUUUUUAUAAAUACAGGCAAAGUUGUAGAAGAGGAAGUAAUCUUGCAGUCUGGUUCUUUUUGUCCUCAGAUAUUUUUGUUUUAUUUGGGGAGGAGAGAUAUAAACUACAGGUAGGUUUCAGUUUAGGCUAAGAGAAACUGUUUUAGACAGUGUUGUCUAAAGAUGAAGGAAGAACCAUUUGAUGGGAAUAUAAAUAGAAUUCACUAAUGCUUUUUCAUUCAGCUAACAUUUGAAUUGAAUACUUCAAGGGAAGAUCAACUCUAAAGGGAGGGUAUCUAAUGAUGUUCUUUUUGGAGUUUCAUCUUGCUCUCAUUUUUAUUCCAUUGCUGUUAACAUUUGAAAAAUAAACUGUGGAAUCCUACACAAGUUUAUUACAUGUAGGGUAGGGCAGCUAUAUAAGCAGACCAUCUUACCUUUUGAGUUUGUUAUUUCUUAAGCUUAAGUAGUCAUCUUUUGAUACCACUAUACGUAGCCUUCUCCAGUAAAUGUUUGGCAUAAGCAGAAAGGAAAAAACAAUUUCUUAAUUUGCUUAGAGAACUCGAAAGGAAAUCUGAGCUUAGUGAGAAGUAGUUCCAGGAUUAGAAGUUUUAUUUGUAAAGUUGACUGUUUUGUAGUUACUGUAUUUUUAUUUCACUAAGUGUUUAAUAAAGUUUAUUUGAAAAGUUGA